AUGAAUGAAAAUCCCAACUGUGACAACAAUUUUAUGCUUGGAAAUGAAUGGGAUGAAUUUAACUUUAAAGAUAAAGAAAAAAAAUAUUUAAAUGAAAAUCAUGGUAAUCCCAACCAAAUAAAUGAAAUGGAUUUUUUCUUUGAUAAUUACAAUAAUAAAAAUAAUGCUAAUACCUCCCACUUUUCAAAUAGUGCAAGUGGGAAGAAUGGAACACAAAGAAAAACUAAUAUAAAUGGAAGUAGUGACACAAGUUUUAAUAAAUAUUUGACAGAUAAUAUUAACGAUCCUCUAUGGGGUGAGUCUAAUGAAAGUUAUAAUGUGGGUAAAAGUAAAAAAGAAACAAGUAAAACCCCAAUAAAAAAGGCAAGUCAAAAAUCGAAUAAAUUAAUUUCAAAUAUGGAUGAAGUUAGUAAUACCUUUGACAUAAAAUCAAGUGAACCAAAAUUAAAUCCUGACUCUACCUUUGAUUUAUGGGAAAAAUUCACAGAAUAUGAUAAAGAAUAUGAGCUUGCGGGAAAUGAUUUAUCAUAUGAAAAAAAAAAAAAAAAAAAAAAAAAUCAGGAUGAUUAUAUAGUUCAUACUGGAAAGGGAUCGAUAAAUAAUUCUAAUAUAUAUAAGAAAAGCGGUAAUGAUAUUGAUGUGAUUUCAAAGAAUAAUCGAAAUAUAGUUAAGGAGAAUGAAAAAAUAAAAAAUUCAGCUGAUUAUCAUAAAAAAAAUGAAAAUUCUAAUACAGUAAUAAAGAGUGAUUCAUUUUAUGAAGGAGAAUUUACACCAAGUUUAAAAAGUGGAAAUAAAUUGUCAUCAUAUGAUGAUAUAAAUUUAAAUUCUGAACAUGACAUAAAAAUUGAAUACUGUUCAGAUAAAAGUAUUUCACAAUGUAAAGUAGUAAAUAGUAAUAGUAAUAAAAUAAGUAUAAAAAAAAAAAAUGAUAUAUUAUUGAAUGAAGAUUAUGAAAAAAAUAUUUAUAAUAAAAAGAAAAAAAAUAAAGACUUAGUCAUGAAUAGUAACGACAAUAAUAGUAGCAUGUUGUCUGAUUCGAAGCAUUCUGUUAGUAGUCUACAAGUUAAUAAUAAAAUGGUAAAAAAAAAAUCUGAAUCUGUAAAUAGCAAUAAUACUAGCAAAUAUCGUUACAUUAGUAGCGAUAAUAAUAAUAUGGAUGAUGGUCACACAAAAGGAAAAGUGAAAAUUUCAAAAAAAAUGGCUUCAGGUCAAGAGUUAGUAAAUAGUUAUAAAGAUUGUACUAAGGGUGUGGAUGAAAAAAGUAAAGAAGAAGUACAAUUAAAAAGUGAAAUAAAGAAAAAGAAAAUAAUGAAAUCUAUAAAUAAUCCAAAUAUAUCACAAUCAUUUACUAGUAGUAUGAUAGAUGAUUCGGAACAUACAUAUUAUGAUAAUACAAAAUUUUCUGAACAAAGUAGUAGUAAUUUAUUAAAGCUAGAUGAAAGUUCAGAAUUUUUUUGUAACUCUAAUACGAUAGGUGAUGAAAAUAUGAAUGGAAAAAUUAAAAAAAUAAAAAUGAAAAAAGGAAUUAAAGAAGAAAAAAAUACAAAAAAAAAAAAUAUAGAAAAUAUGGAUAAUAAUAAAAAAGAAAUAAAAAUAAAUAAAUCAAGAACAUCAAAACAAGCAGAACAAAAUUAUACACUAUCGUCGGAAGAAAAUCAAACAUUUGAAUCCAUAAAAACAAAUGAUAGUAAAUUUUUUGAUGAGAUUAAAGAAUAUUUGCAUAAUAAAAACAUAAAAGAAACAGCAAAUGCAGAAAAAAAAACGGACUAUAAUUUUAAUGCAUUUGAUGAUCUAAAUGAAGAUUUAAAAUUAAAAAAAAAGCAAACCAUUCGAGCUAGUAGUAAAAAUAUGAUAUACAGUGACAAAGAAAAGGUUCGAAAUAGUUCAAGUUCAGGAGAGAAACUAUCAAAAGUGACAAAAAUGAAAGAUCGAGUAAAAAGUGUAGAUAUAAUGAAUGAAUCAGAAUUAGAGAUAAAAUCGAAUGAAGCAAAAAUAAAGGGAGAAAAAAGUUUCGAAAAAAAACAGAGCAUAAAACAAAAGGGAGAUGAGGGUGUGAAAAAAAUUAAUGAAGCAAAAAUGUAUAAUAGCAAUAGUACAAUGAAUAGCAAUUUUAGUAAUAGCUCGAAUUUAAAAAAGAAAAAAAGCAUCUCUGAUAAAACAACAGUUUUAGAUUCGAUAGAAGAAAAUGCUAGCAAAUUUUAUGGAGAAAAAGAGGUAUAUGCAGAUAGGGGAGUAAAUAAUGAAGGUAAUAAGAUAGGUGAAAAAGGAAGCAUAAAAAAUGGCAUACAUACAGAUAUAGCAACUGAUGAAGAUGACACUACAAUUAAUUAUAACGAUGAUGAAAAUGAAACAGUAAAUUCGAAUAGCAAUUCAAAUAAAUUUUUUGUAAAAAAAAAGAAGGAUUCAUCUAUGGAUGGGAAUGAAAUGUAUGGGACUGAUCUUGGGUUUGAGGGAGUAGAGGAAGAAGUGAAAAAAGUUGACAAUAAAAAUGAAGGAAUUCAAAAUGAUGUCAAGAAUGAAGGUAAAAAUGACGAGAUUCAAACCGAGUCACUCAUUCAAAAGGGAAGAAAAUUUAAAAACAUGUUUAUCUCGUUUAUUAAAAGGGAGAGUUAUAAAAAGGAUGAGGAGGAAAAUGAGCAGGUUGAUGAAAAUAAGAUAAUAACAAAAAAAGAAUUUAUAAAAUGGAAUGAAAUGAAUUUAAAUAUGUAUAAUGAAAAUGGAAGUAAUGAUAAGACAGUAUCAAGUUUGUAUGGGUUUGGAAUGAAUAGGAAAUCGGUUAGUAUCGAAUUUAAUGAUGUAAGUUUAAACAAGUUAGAAGAAAGUAAAAAAAGUGCAAGUAAUGAAAAUAUGAAAACAUUUAGUAACGAUACAAUAUCUGAAAAUAAUUCAAAUGGUAAAAAAAAAGCAAAUACUAUUUAUAAUAAUUUUUUAGAGAGUUUAAAACAUCCAUCAUGUAAAAUAGUAGUAGAUAAAGUAAAGAAAUUUAUUUUAAAUUUUCCACAGAAUUUAAGUAGAGAAGAAGCAGCAAAUAAAAUCCAUACAUUUAUAAAUGAAACUCAACCUAUAUUAUUAAAAUCGAGUAUAUAUAAAAAUUUAAAUAUAGAUCAAAUAAAUAUAAUUAUUCAAGGAUAUGAAAAGUUUAUAAUACAAAAAUUAUAUUUUUAUUUAUAUCGUAUGGAUCCAGAAGAUAAAGAUCAAGAUGAACAGAUUUAUACAAAAAUAAAUUGUUUACAAUGGGUUGAAUUAAAACAUUUAGAAAUUUGUGAAAGUAUAGACUUAGAUCGUUUAAAAUUAGCACAAGGUGAACUUUUAAAAAUUCAAAAAAUGAAAGCACCAUAUGAUAAAAUAAUUAUGAUACUAAAUUGUUGUCGUAUUGUUACAUCUAUUUUAUUUGAAGCAAAAAAAAAUGUUAAAAAAAAAAAAAAAAAAAAUAAUGCCAUAGCAAAUGAAUCUUCCUUUUUUGAGGAUAGUUUUACAUCAACUAGUGAUACUAAACAGGUGGGAAGAGAUAGUCAAGUUAUAAAUUUAAUGGAUUCAAAUAAUGUGAAGGAUGAAUUAUCGACAAGUUCAUUGGGUUUAGACGAAAGAAAUGGCAGCAAAAAUGAAAACAGAAGUGAUAAAAAGGUUGAAGAUAGUGAUGAUGAAUUAUUGCCAUGUGCUGAUGAGGUUCUUCCUUUACUUAUAUAUGUAAUUAUUAAAACAAAUCCUCCUGAAUUAAUAUCAAAUAUUACAUUUAUACAAAAUUUUAGACAUCCAAAUCAUUUUGUUUCAGAGGAAGCAUAUUCUUUUACGCAAUUUUGUAGUGGUGUUGAAUUUGUUAAAGAGCUUGGUAAGACUACAUUUUUAAAUAUUUCUGAAAAAGAAUAUAAAGAAAAUGUUAGUAAAGCGGAAGAGUUUUAUUUAAAUGAAGUUAAAGAGAGUAAUAAGAAAUUACAAGAAACUGCUGGUAAAUUAAAUGAUUUUAUAAAACAUUCAAAUGAAAAAAAAUUAAAUAAUAAUAUUAUUACUAAAAUUGAAUCAAUAAAAUUAAAAUAUGAAAAUGUGGAGAAUUUAAAUACAAUUACAAUUUCAGAUUUAUCGUCACUUUUUGAGGAAUAUAAAGUUCUUGUAGAAUUAAAAAAAAGUAUUUUAAAAGAUUUACAAGAUCAUGCAUAG